UUUCCACACACUUUUAGCUUGUCUACAAAAGUUUCUUGUUCUUUUACACCGUCAUGAGCUUUCCUUUUCUAUAAGUUUUGUUGGUAAUUUUUAGAUUGAAAUUAGGAGAUACAUUAUGAAUCUAUUUGGAGAGAUUGGACACCUCAUCACUAAAAUUGUCCGCAGAACAGGAACGCCGACAUCGUCCCCGGCUUUACUUGAAAACUUAUUUAACUCCGGGAGAUCAUUGGUCUCAUGUCCACAAUAUUUUUAUCAGCCUUCAAGAAAUGCAGGUCACAGUAAAUGGGCAAAUAUUAAGCAUACAAAAAUGGCGAAAGAUAUGGAAAAAUCUAGUCUAACAGUUAGAUUUGUGAAUAUGAUCAAGAUUGCUAUCCGAGAAGGAGGUGGGAGCACAGACCCAAAACUAAAUUCUAAACUGGCACAAGUUAUAUCGCAAAUUAAGGAUAAAAAGCUACCAAUGGCUCCGUAUGAGAAAACAUUGGAGAGAGAAGCGAACCGAACCAAUGAGAAACGACAGACACUCGUAUUUAGGGGACCUGGAAAUUGUGCUGUACUUGCAGACAUCAGUUCUGACAGUCUAAAUAAAACUAAGCAAGAGAUCAACACAAUUUUGAGGAAAAAUAGGGCUGUUAUUGGUGAAGAUUCUAUACUUCAUCUAUUUCUCCAUAAAGGGAUUAUUCUCUGCAACGAGCUCAAUGGCAAACCUGCCCACCCAGAUAACUUGGAUGAAGUUAUAGAGGACGCAAUCAAAGCUGAAGCUGACGAUGUUACAUUUCAAACAGGACAUCCAGAUUUUGGUGAAGUAUACGAAUUUUCGACUUCCCCAGAUAUAUUCUUUAAAGUCAAGCAUGCUCUAGAAAAGCUAAACUAUACUGUUGUCUACGGCGAUAUUGAUUAUGUUCCCAUUAAUCCCAUAGAAUUGGAUGAAACAGUUAUCCAAGAUGUUCAUAAAUUGUAUCAAAAGUUGAGUGACCAUCCAAACGUGGUCAAAGUCACAACCAAUCUAGCCUAGCAUGAUUGACAAUGAUUUAAUAGAUUCAUUGAGAUUCAUUGUUUUGACCACUCUACCAAAGAAUAAACAACGCAGUGCGCAAAAGAGUUUUA